GGGCGAAAGAGCAGCUUCUCAGCCGUGCGGUUGCAAUAUCUGACGCUCCCGUGUGCCGUUGAUCCAUUGAUAUAUCUUCGCCGGCAUGUUUGGACUGUGCGGCCCUUCGCCUCGUUUGCCGACCGUGACCGUCAAGAAGGACUGUCCCAACAGCGGCGACACAUACAUCGGCCCUGACGAUGACCUAGCAUGCGGUCGGUAUGCACCCGCUGCGUGCCAGAAACGCAUGUAUACGCAAUUGCAGAUCUCACUCACUGGCUGGCUGGGUUGCAGACUAUUCGGUUCGGAAGAGUCCUUUCGUGACGGCCCGGGAUGCGUGUGUGGAGAUCCCCAUGGCAAAGGAGGGCGUCGGGGCUAUCAAACCCACCACACUGCCGAAGCUGCUGAAGGUACGGCUUUGGCAUAUGGAUCACACAAACGCGCCAGACAGGCUGAUGCUGCUGUGUGUUGAUGUGUGUUAGGCUGCUGCCGAGACCAAGGGGAGCCGCACGGCUCUGCAGUGGGAGGACCCCACAGACCCCUCCAAACCCAUGAUCAAAAUGACCUACAAAGAGGUACGUGUGAGUGAAUGGGCGCUGGGUGCGCUCCCGAUUGCGCAUGUGAGCGUAUGUGUGUGUGUGGGCAGGGGUAUGAUGAGGUGUGUCAGGCCGCCCGCGCGCUGGUUCACUACGGCAUGCCCGUGUUCGGUUCGGUGGCCAUCCUGGGCUUCAACUGCAAGGCCUGGUGGGUCGCAUACCACAGCGGCAUGAUGGCAGGUAUAUUCCCCCUUCACACAGACAGACACACACACAGACAUUUCAUCAAUUCCUUGUGGCGGCUCGGCUGUAGGUGGGAGCAGUGUGGGCAUCUACACGACCAACAAUGCCUCAGCGUGCGAGUACGUCUGCCGCCACAGCGAGGCCACCGUCGUCUUCGUAGAGAACGAGAAGCAGCUCUGCAAGUACGAGGGCGUCACGUCCUCAGCGCUCCCGGAUCUGCGGGUGUUCGUGGUGUGGGGCGAGGACGUCUCGGCCUACCUCGCCAGCAAGGGCGCCUCCCUCCCGGCUCCCGUCGUCACCUGGGUCAGUCAGUUUGAUUCGUGUGGAGAUGGUCUUCUGGCAGUGGCUUGUGUCUGCAGGAUGAGUUCAUGGCCAAGGGCCAGGACGAUGCGUUGAAGGGUGAGGUGGAGACGAGGAUGGCCAACACCAAGCCGGGGCACUGCGCGUCACUCAUCUACACCUCUGGCACGACGGGGACGCCCAAGGUGAGCUGGCUGGCUGGGCGGUAGGUGGGACAGAGGUCGCCGGCUGUCAUGUUGGAUGUGGUCAUGGUCAGGGUUGCAUGAUCAGCCACGACAACUGCAUCUGGUCCUCACGUGCCGUCAUCAACAGGGUCAAACAGCCCAGCGCAACAGUGCCGGUCGGAGAAAGCAGGCAGCUGGCCACAACCACCACGCGCCCCACCGACCACCCCCCACCCUCAUUCAUGGUUGCUGUCCUUGAUUUGUGUGCAGGAGGAGGUGGUGAGUUACCUGCCGCUGUCCCACAUUGCAGCCCAGAUGGGCGACCUCAUCUACCCUGUCAUCCAAACGGGCUGCCUGGCGGUGAGGGAGAGAGGGACAGAGCCAGCCCCAAGUGACUCGACUCUUGACACGGCCGGCCGUCGAUAUCUGUUUGUUUGUGUGCGCUUGCGCCCAGGGGCACUGCAUCAUCACGUUCGCGCGGCCUGAUGCGCUCAAGGGCACUCUCGGCGACACCCUCAAGAAGGGUACCGAAAUACGGAGCAUGGAAGCGCAGCGCGGCUCUCAAACCAGAGUGAGUUCUCGCCCCUCUGUGUGUCUUCUGCUGUGUUUGUUCAGUGAAGCCCACGAUGUUCUUUGGUAUCCCGCGUGUGUACGAGAAAAUGAUGGUACGGGGGGAUGCAGCCAGCCAGCCGGCACAAAGGAAGGGCACAGAUCCAUAAGGGUUUGUUUAUGCGGUGGCUGUGCGGCUCUCGUCCCCCGCCCCUCACCACCUCAGGAGAGGAUCAAGUCCGUGGCGGCGUCGACCAAAAACAGCGCCAUCAAGCAAGCGGUAGGUACCCCCCAUCCACACCACCCACCGCACCUUUUUGACUUACUUGUGUGUGUGUGUGUGUGGAUAGCUGAUAGACUGGGCCAAGCAGGUGGGCAAGGACCGGCUGGAGAUGCAGAUGGUGGGUGGGAGGGGCGGCAAUCCCAUCGGCUGGGGGCUGGCCAAGGGGCUCGUCCUGAAGAAGGUCCACGCCGCACUGGGCUUCGACAGGUGCUGGGACACCUGCCUUGUCGGCGCAGCACCCACGCCAGAAGCGGUCAGCCAGCCAGCCAUCCACCCACCCACCCACCUAUACCUUCCAGCAACACACCCACCCUCACUCUCAACGUCUUCCUCCUGUGACACUCAGGUGUUCCACUUCUUUGGCGCGCUUGGUAUCAUCAUCAAGGACGUUUUUGGCAUGAGCGAGACGGCGGCCGGUGGGAUGGCCGCCGUCUACAGACACAUGAAAAUCGGAGCGUGCGGGUAAAAGCGUAGGUGGGGGGCCUACAAACAAGGCACGCACGAUGUGCGUGUUGUGGGUGUGGUUCAGGAUGCCCAUCCCCGGUGAGGAGGUCAUGUUGAAGCACCAGCCUGGCCGCGACGCCCCGGGGUGUGGCGAGCUCUGCAUCCGGGGCAGGAACGUCAUGAUGGGGUAAGCGUGAUAGGCAGGCGGGCAGCCGGGCUGGUUUUCAUCCACGCAUUGCCGGCAACACAUGUAUGUGUGUGUGUGUGUGUGUGUGUAGUUAUCUGAAGGACGAGGCCAAGAGCGCCGAGACGAUCGAUGCCGAGGGCUGGCUGCACUCGGGCGAUGUCGCCACCACCGACGAGAACGGCAUCAUCAAGAUCACGGUAUGACGGAGGGACAUUUGUGAGAGAUGCUCGCCGUUUCCCUACGUGUGUGUGGUUGUGUAGGGUCGCAUCAAGGAGAUCAUCAUUACGGCUGGCGGCGAGAACCUAGCUCCCGUGCCCAUCGAGGAGUUCAUCAAGGUAUGUCCCACACACGCACGCACACAUGUACCUAGGUACCUGGGUCAGUCUGUGCGUCGUUCGUUCGUUGUGUCUGUCAUCAACAUGCACAGACCCACUGCCCGGCCAUCUCCAACUGCAUGGUGCUCGGUGACAAGCUCAAAUAUCUCAGCCUCAUCAUCACACUGCACACCAAAACGGUACGCAAUGGCACACACGCACACACACACAAAGAUCGAGGAGCCCUGAGCGAUCUCUGUGUGCAGGACCCCCAGGGCGACAUGAUGUCCAACGAGCUGGUGGGCAACGCGUUGGGCUACGGGGGCAGCGCCGCCACGACGGUCGACGAGGCGCGCACCGACGUCAGCUACAACACGGCCAUACAGGAGGUCAUCAACAAAUAUAACGACGAAGCGGUCGGUCACCCAUCCACACACCACACACCACACCGCACACAUGCACAACACCCCUCCUCCCAUGUGUCUGCAGGCUGUGAGCCAUGCGCAGAGACUCCAGAAAUUCCUGUUGGUUGACAACGAUUUCACCAUCAAGGGUGGCGAGCUGACGGGCACACUCAAGGUCAGGCGGGCGGCCAUCGUGGCCAAGUACGACGCAGAGAUACAACGCCUGUACGAGGAAUGAACGAACGAGUCCAUCGAUGGGCGCAUCAGGUG